CAUAGUUACUGAAAUAUUGAUCGUAAUCACAUCAAAAUUCAUCCUCAUAAAUUUUUGUUGUCCAAAUUCAGUGCAUCAUUUCGACUAAAAAUUCUCUGUGUUUUCAUACAAUAAUUUCCACAAGAUGAAUACCUGUAGUAAUAUCAUAAAUGUUGUGCGACAACCAUGCUUUAGCAAAACACUUGCAUUGCCAGCUAUUCCAUCAUUAUCAUCGUUUCAAAGAUGCUCAAGCUCAUGCAACAAAAAGCGGAAAGCUCUGAUUUUCCUCCCGCCUGCUUUCGAAGAGAUUGAAGUGGUCACCCCAGCGGAUGUACUUCGACGUGGUGGCGUUGAAGUCACAAUCGCUGGGUUAGAAGGCAAGAAAGCUAUGCACGGCUUGAACUGCGUGGAGAUCAAACCGGAUAAGGAUUUAGACGACAUUUGUGACGAUUUUGAUGCUCUAAUUCUCACCGGUGAUGACAAAGCCAGUAAUGCGCUAUGCGGUUGCAAGCGUGUUGAAAAAUUGCUGAAGAAACAAGAGAAGGAAUGUAAAAUAAUUGCAGCGAUUUGCAGCGCGCCGACCGUACUCAUGAACUUUGGUAUUGCAAAGAAGAAAUGCCUCACCUCUCAUCCGGACCACGAAGAAAAGAUUAGGAAAUGCGGCGAUUAUAAAUAUAAAUGCGCCGAUGUAGUCGUCGAUGAUUUCCUGAUCACUGCCAAAGGAGAAGCGCAAGCCUUGCAAUGGGCGCUUACAAUCUUGAUGCAUCUUACUGAUGAGCGUAAUGCCUGUUGUAUUGCUAAAACAAUGCUCGUUAAAUAAAACCAUCUAUGCCUAGAUAAUAAAUAUAACCU